AUGGAAACAGCGCCGUCUACCUGGCGUCCAUUCAAGGAGUUUGUUUCUCCCCGGAAGAAAAGAAAAAUGUCACACUUUAGUAUAUCUGAGAAGGUAAUGAUUAUUAACGUGUUUAAAUACGUGAAAGAAUCCUGCCCUGCUGAUAAAUAUCCUUCAAAAAAAGAUAUGAAGGACAAAACAGCCGAUAUCUUGGGCAUUUCGAAAUCGGCCGUAUAUCGUAUCUUAAAAGAAUAUACCGACACAGAUACCGUCAAGCCAACUGCUUCACCGAAAAAACGACUCUCAUUAAUUGAAAAGAUUGAUAGGUUCGAUAAAUCGUGCAUUAGACCAAUAGUGCACAGCUUUUAUUUAAAAGGAGAGUUACUUACAGCAAAAAAGGUGCUACAUAUCAUAAACAAAGACGAAUCCUUACCAAACAUGGAUUUCACAUCGUUGAAUAAAUUAAUGAAACAUUUGAAGUUUAAGUAUGACAAACGAAGGAGAAAUAACGGGUUAAUAGACAGAGAUGACAUAGCAUUGUGGCGUAUCAAAUAUUUGAAAAAUAUGAAAACUUACCGACAGCAACAACGACAAAUAUAUUACUUGGAUGAAACUUGGGUGAAUGCGGGCGAGACAUCUUCGGAAAGCAGUUACUCCGAUACAGAGGAAUCGGAUUCUGAUUUUUGA